AUGAAGGCAGAGACCAGCCUCGAGGCACUCCAAUCAAUAUCAGCGUCCACCUGGGGAACAUCUCUGCUCAAUAUACACAAGAUCUACAACGCGAUGAGGCUCGCGGGAAACACCAUAGCACGGAGGGCCGCAGUCCAACACCCAGAGCAGGUGCAGAAGCGAGCAGCAGUCCUAAUCAGUAGGGCCUUCAAGAGCACUGCCGGGGACGCACUUAAUGCCGAGCUCCACCUGACUCCAAUCCCCCGGCUCCUAGAGCAGAAGGCCGAGGAGACAGCAAUCCACAUGAUCACGGGGCUGGCAAUAGGCAAGCCAUGCAAGGGACAGGAGAGGAAGCCAAGGGAACGCCGCACGUUCCUGGAGACAUUUGAGGCGGAAAUAAAGAACCACAGGCACCGGAAGGAUCAGGGCCAGGGCCAGGACCCGGACGUGCAGGAGCUGAGAUUUAGAGGCCACAUCGGCGCGGCGGCGGUCAUGCCCAGGACCCACGGGGCUCAGGAAAGGAGGAAGGCAUCAUGCUACCUAGGCCCGGAGACGGUGAGUAACGUCUACGCAGCCAAGCUAGAAGGGCUGCUCAUGGCCACGAAGUGGGCCACGUGGCAGCUAGCAGAGGUAGCCAAGCAGGAGAAGAAAGAGAUCCAUAUCUUCAGCAACAGCCAGGCAGCGCUUAAAGCCAUGAGGGCGCCAAAGAUGUCCUCCGGUCAGUAUACCCUGACCGCCUAA